AAAACGGAUGGUUUGGGCAACUGUCCAAGAACAACCUCAGACUCGAGAACAACGUGGGCUUUGGGACUGGCAAUUCUUGGGGUAGGGGUCGCGAAACUGAUACUAAACUUCCCCAGGACACAGACCCACAGAGAGGUCAAAUCGCCGGCCCGCGGCCGUAAGAGGGGAGCUGGGAUGUGAAGCCAGAGCUCCAGGCUGACGCUCCUGCGCCCUUUAACUCGCCCUUCCCGGGACGUCUCCGCCGCUGUGAGCCUGGCCUCGGUUGCUUCUGGAACCUCCGCAGUUCCCGCUUGCGCACCUCCGGGGUUUAGUCUCGGGCGCCGCGCGAGCAGACGCAGGGAACCCCGAACGCGGGACGACCACCGGGCAACUCCUCCCACGCGUCGGGGCCCGUGGGACCCGCGGUGCAGUCGCAGGACACCCAUUUCCCACGCGCGGCCGGGCGAUGCUAGGCCGUUGCCAUGGAGAUCGGGACCGAUGGCCUUCGAGGAUGUGGCCGUGUACUUCUCCCAGGAGGAGUGGGGGCUCCUGGACACAGCGCAGAGGGCCCUGUACCGCCAUGUGAUGCUGGAAAACUUCGCACUUGUGGCCUCACUGGGGCUCUCCACCUCCCGACCUCGUGUGGUCGUCCAACUUGAGCGUGGUGAGGAGCCCUGGAUUCCCAGUGGGAUGACCUGGACCCUGGCCGGGAACACCCACAGGAGGCACAACCCCGGCUCCUGGUGUUUGGCAGAGGAUAGAGAUGUUUCUGGAGAAAGCAUCGCCAGGGCCUUACCGGGUAGCCCCCUGGAAUGGCUACUAGGUCUUCCUGUUGUUGGUGCCUGCCACAGUGCAAAAAGCCUGGAGGGACAGUGGGGUGCUUCCCCAUCACAGGAGCGAAAACCCACGGGGGUGUCGAUGAUCUACUGGGAGAGGCUCUGCUCGGCUCGGCACCGCCAGGCAAGCGUUGGCCUGCGGCUGACGUCCCCGCUGAGGCCUCUCGAGGGCGGGGGUCCAUGGAGAAGGCCGCCACAGCCGCCCUCUGCAGGGAUGCAGCCCACGGUGCAGCGGCGGAAGCCAUACGCGGGGAACGCCCCUGGGAGAGCCUUCCGGAGCGUCCCUACGUGGCGUCUGUUAGCACUAGGCAGGAGCAGCAUGAGCGUGGCUUGGCGUGAGCCUCAGAGACUCCCCAGCGACCAGGAGCCCCGAACCUGGGAGGAACUGGGCGAGGUCCCCACGCUGGCCCUGCCUCCCGGAGAGAAGCCUUUCGAAUGCAGGGCGUGCAGCAAAGUGUUCGUGAAGAGCUCAGACCUCCUCAAGCACCUGCGCACCCAACGGGAGCGGCCCUACGAGUGGGCCCAGUGCGGCAAGGCCUUCAGCCAGACGUCGCACCUGACGCAGCACCAGCGCAUCCACAGUGGCGAGACGCCCUACGCGUGCACCGCGUGCGGCAAGGCCUUCAGGCACAGCUCCUCGCUGGUGCGGCACCAGCGCAUCCACACGGCCGAGAAGUCCUUCCGCUGCGGCGAGUGCGGCAAGGCCUUCAGCCACGGCUCCAACCUCAGCCAGCACCGCAAGAUCCACGCGGGCGGGCGGCCCUACGCCUGUGGGCAGUGCGGCCGCCGCUUCUGCCGCAACUCUCACCUCAUCCAGCACGAGCGAACGCACACGGGGGAGAAGCCCUACGCCUGCGCGCUGUGCGGUGCUGCCUUCAGCCAGGGCUCCUCGCUGUUUAAGCACCAGCGUGUACACACUGGGGAGAAGCCCUUCUCCUGCGCGCAGUGUGGCCGGGCCUUCAGCCACAGCUCCAACCUCACACAGCACCAGCUGCUGGCACACUGGGAGCGGCCCUUCCGCUGCGCAGACUGCGGCAAGGCCUUCGCUAAGGGCGCUGUGCUGCUGAGCCACCAGCGCAUCCACACCGGGGAGAAGCCCUUUGUGUGUGCACAGUGCGGGCGCGCCUUCCGGGAGCGCCCGGCCCUUCACCACCAGAGGAUCCAUACUGGGGAGAAGGCUGUGCGUCGCCCUAGGGCCAACCUGCAUACCCGGGUCCAGCCUCCAUCGGGGUCAUCAUCAGAGCUGCAGUGUUAAAGGCAGCUGAAGCCUGAAGCCAGAGCCCCGCCCUUCUCUGGCCUCCUUUGAGUCCCUGCCACAGCUUUAGGGCCCAUAUCGUCUACAAAUUGAAAGCAGGGUGAAGCUGUGUGCGUUUGAAUCGAGGAGGGAGAUCCUUUAGCUUUCAUUCCACUUGCAUUUGGUGACAGAAUUUGCCACCUAAGCCCCAGCUUACACCUCCAUCCCCAAAGAGGUCACACUGCAGAAAGAUCAGGAGUAGGACACAGCAGCUGGGACUCUGGCAGGCCAAGACUGUAGCAGAACCAGUGGGAGGGCAACAGGAGCAGCCCUGCACCUUGGUGACACCUCACGUGUAUUAUGAUAGUGGCUGCGAAGGUGAGGAGGGGAAUGCGCGGAUGCGGAGGCAUGGAGGGCCAGAGAAACUUCUGAUGUCUGCACACAAACUGGCCACAGGACAGAUGCUUGGGACAUUCGCCUCAGGCCUCAAUUCAACCAAGGUUUCCUGCAUGCCAGCCUAGGAGAAAAUAGGUCAUAGGCCAGUGGCAUCAGGUUGGUGGCCUUGGGUAAGUGGCUGGGUUCUCAGUUUCAGCUUUCUCCUCCGGGAGAAAGAAAUAAGUUUUAGUCCCUGAACGCCAUUUUGGCAGACACUCGUGAUAGUCAACACAUGUUUGCUGCAAGCUCCUGCUCUGAGUGCUGGUUAGUUUCUCCUAUACCCCUGUGAGGGGGCUUCUGUGGCUGGCAUCCCUACUUCGAAGUGAGGAAACUGAGGCAUGCAGAAGGGAGGAGAAUUGCCCAUGGCAGACAGCAGAGCCAGGACUGAAACUCAGGUGGACUGACCAGCAUCACAUCUGGGGCUGUGCUC